AUGUGGCUGCAGAACCUGCUUCUCCUGGGCACUGUGGUUUGCAGCAUCUCCACACCAAUCCGCCUACCCAGACCGGUCACCCGGCACUUCGUGCAUGUGGACACCAUUAAGGAGGCCCUGACCCUCCUUAACAAUAGUGACAUUACCGACGUGAUGAAUGAAACAGUAGAAGUCGUCUCUGAAAUGUUUGACCCCAAGGAGCCGACGUGCCUGCAGACCCGCCUGGAGCUGUACCAGCAGGGCCUUCGGGGCAACCUCACCAUACUCAAGGGCCCCUUGACCUUGAUGGCUGACCACUACGGGCAGCACUGCCCCCCUACCCCGGAAACUUCCUGUGCAACCCAGAUUACCACGUUCAAAAAUUUCAAAGAGAACCUGAAUAAUUUUCUAGUUAUCAUCCCCUUUGACUGCUGGAGUCCAGCCCAGGAGUGA